AUGGCGAAAGCUUCAACUUUAGCGGAGACCUUGGCGAAGGAGCUGCAAUGUGGAUUUUGCUCGCAGCAAUAUAAGGAACCUAGAGUUCUGCCAUGUCUUCACUCUUUCUGUAAGUCAUGCCUGGAAGAAAUGUUGAGUAAACAAGGAAUCGGUUGGAAGGUUGGGUGUCCGUGGUGCCGAGCGAGCGUGGAGGUGAGUUGUUGAUUUUAAUGAUGUUCUCUGUGUAUCUUAUUUCCGUCGCUCAUCAGGAGGAAAUUACCAUCUUUGCACGACGAGAAUUGUCUAAUUUGGCUUACAUUGGCCAUGUUUGACAUGAAACAUUUAAGAAAGGUUGGCAGUCCCACUGAUUUUUCUCUGCCUAUUAUUUGUUGAUAGUUUUAGCACCUGGUUUUAGAAUGCUGUUGCGCGUUGCUUCCUACAGUAUCAACUUGUAUCCAGAAAAAUCGUUUCGUCGAAUAACAUUCAUUUUUUAAAAUUUCUGAUAUUUUCACGAAAGAAGUAACAUGUACAUUGAAAUUAUUCUGAUUGAUUGCGAGUUAAAGCUGAUGGAAACUGAUUUAUCCGCAGUUUUAUGCAAUAGGAACUCAGGAUCUUUGCACAUGGAAGGGGAGGGUCGGAAAGGUAUUUCAGAACGAGGAGGGGGGACUGGUGUCAUUUUCAAAACAACUCCAAUGUCAUUGGCAAGGUUGCAAGAGAUAAGGAACUUGAUUAUCAGAUGUUUUCUGAUUAGGGUUCAGGCAUCUUUCUUUGUUCAAAUCUUUAUUAUUAUCUUUUUUAUUGUUUAUCUCAGUUGUGUUUUUUUUGGUUGGAGUCCUUUUGAAAAUUAGCACAACAGGCACAAAAUGUCUUCUAAAUAAUCCCUCUGUUUGCCUUCCCAGAUUCCCAAGGGAGAAGUUGAUUUAUUGCCAGAUAACUUCAUGCUUAACAACAUGUUGGCCAUGCUGACUCUUCUUUUGGAAAGAGGUAGCCUUGGGUGUGAUAACUGUGACAGUGGAGACCCCCCUGUCAACAGGUGUGCUACCUGCUUUCAUUUUCUGUGUGAGAUUUGCACAAUGGGACAUAAACGGGGCCGCAGCACUAAAAGCCACCACUUGAUGAACCUGGAGGAGGCUGUAGAGGAAGGACCUAUGGCUGUCUACAUGUCACGCCCAUCCUUUUGCAAAGAACACAAUGGAGAAAUGCUUAAGCUCUUUUGUGAAACAUGUGACAAAACUGUAUGUAGUGACUGCACAGUUGUCAAGCAUCAGGGUCACAAAUGCAUUUUUGUGAGUGAUGCAUUUGAAAAUGGAAAAAAUAAUGUAAGGAAGAUUCUUUCAAAGACAAAAACUCAAGCAUCCACCCUCAAGAGUGCCCUGGAUGGUAUUUCAGCAAUGAAGAGAAGCAUCGAGUCUCAAGCAAAAAAAGCUGUGGAAGAGAUUGGACAGCGAUUUCAGGACUUGACUGUUAGUCUUCAUACUCGCAGUGAGGAAUUAGUAAGUGGGGUACAAGAGCUCAAGAAGGCAAAACUGAACACUUUGCAAAUUCAGCAAGAAGAAUUGGAAUUGGCCCUGGAUAUUGUGCAAAGUAGUGUAGGGUUCACCGAAAAGACUAUCAAACAUGGCAGUGAGGUUGAAAUUUUGAACUUACACAAACAAAUAUCUAACAGACUACAAGAAUUGAAUUCUUCUACUUGGCACUUAGUACCCCGUACUGACGAUGCCAUUAAGUUUAUAGUUGAAAAAGAACUGAAGGAAGAAGUUUCAUCUUUUGGUGUUGUUACAGAUGUCAUGACCAACGCUGAGACAUCAACUGUGAUGAUGGGUCAUGGUUCAGAGGGCAUAAUCUACAGUACACUGUGUGGACAGCCUGUUCAGUUCACAAUAAUUGCAAGGGAAUGGAAUGGAAAGAAGAGAGUAGAAGGGGGUGACCCUUUCACAGCUUCUUGUGACAGUGGUGCUGGUUUUAAAGCCCUGGAGGUGAAAGACUGUGGAGAUGGUACUUACAUUUUCUCAUACACCCCAGAACAAGAGGGUCAGUAUAAACUGGUUGUUAAGCUGUUGGGUCAUGAUGUGAGUGGAGGCCCGUUUACUUGGUCUGUAGAAAAAUGGCAUCUUCUGUGUGUUUCAGGCAGCUCUAAAGGUGAAGUGUUGUUGUCUGAAGAAAAACUGACUGCUCAGUACAAUCUGAAGUCUGCGGUAACCUCUGCUGUCUCAAAACCAUACUCUAAUGCUUCAUGUUUCACAUCUGGUCAAAAAUUUACUGCUUCAAAUUCACCAUUUGGCAGUACCAGUACUAGCACUGCAAGCUCACUUUCAAAUGGAAUUUCCCAAAAAUCCAAAAACUCACACAACAAUGGAGGCACUGGUCGGCCCUUUGGUGCAAACAGUUGGGACUAUGUAGUAAGUUCUACUUCAUUCUACAAUGGUAAACAUUCAUGCAAAGCUAAAUUGAUUGGCAAUAUUCAGGAAGGUUUUAGCUUAGGGGUCAUCAGCACCUGCAGAAGAUCACAUGGCAAUCUGGCCAGUCUGGGAAACUGGUGGGUGUGGAACUCCAAACAAAUGAAGCACCUUUUGCUCUCAAGUAACAUGCAUGUUAAGAACAGUUCUAUUACAGACUUUGAAAGCAAUGACAUCAUAGAAAUGUACCUGGACUGUGACGAAGGAACACUGAUAAUGUUCAAUCAACGUACCAAAGAGUCAGACAUUUGGUAUGGCAUCAACGGAGAUACUUGUCCAGUGUUUCACAUGACAAGCCAUGGAGACCAGGUUUCUCUACUAGUUUAGAGGGCUCAGAGUUUAUAUGAGGAUAUCAAAUUAUUCCUAGUUUAAACCAAAAACACAUUUUAAGAAGAGUGCAAUUUUAAAUUGUGUCAAAAGUAAUCUUGGAUUGCAUUCAUUCUGCAGUUAUUGGGUGAUAUGCAUACCUAAAAUAUGCAUCAGUGGCAAGCCUGCCUUUUCAAAGCCUCUGGUAUUCUCCUUAUGUUUAUUUUAACGGCUCUUUUAGGCUUUUUGAUAUGACAAUUUCCUUCACUGUCAAGUUCUGAUAUGCUUUUGUUGCUUAAAUUUUGAUUUUUAUGGGACUGAAUCUUAAAUUUUGAUUAACAAUUACUUUAUACUUAGUUUUUUUUUAAAGUGUAGCUGUCUCUUAACUUUUUCAUUUUAGUAUCAAUUUAUUGUAUUCAAUGAAUUAUAUCCUGUUUGAAAAUUACUCACUGAAGUAGAGGUAAAUAUCCACCACUUUCAUUGACACUGAGGUAAACAACUGUUUUAGAAUGCCUAGCAUAUGUCAUAUAGCAACCUAAAAGGUACUUAUUUUCUGUCAAUUUAAUGGUUGGAAAUUAACCUCUUGACAGGCAAUAAUGUUUCUUCAGCUGCUUGGAGGUGAAUAAAGCUUGCUCAUCACUUCCUAAUAACCAAUAUAUCAGCUUGGGAAAUUAUGCAUUUAUUCAGAAAUAAUUUUAAGCUUGUACUCACUGUAUUAUGUUUUUAUUAGUACAAUAAUUGGUCUAUUUCUUGUACUUUUUUUUGGGUAAAGUGACUUGAAUUUAAAAGAUGUAAGAUCAGCUCUGAUAUCUGUGAUAAAAGGGUUUAUAAUUCAGUUUAUAAGUUUGCAAAAUCCAUGGGAACAAUACUGGAAACAUAUGGUGUUUCCUUUCUAUUUGAAAUCUUAACCCUAAAAUCAGUAUGCAUAUUCUCCAUACUGUUCUCUAAACAUUUCUUAAGAUACCAACAUGGAGAAUUUGCCUAAUAAUUAAUAGCUUCUUUAGUUGGUGAUCAGCUCCUUUAUUUUCCUGACCUUCACGUUUGAUUUAGGUGUGAUAGGGUGAGGAGAAAUUAGAUGCCAGUCACUCUUAGGGGUUAAAGGGUUAAGGUCUCAUCUGAUAAAUGGAACAAUUGUUUGACAUUGAUGUUAAAUUCCAACAGUCCAUCUUACUUUAGGGCAUGAUGUUUUAUUGGGUAGUUACAAUUAUAGUUGAAGGUGAAUAAAAAAUUAAUGUAAUGAAAAAAUAAAUAAAUAAAUAAACUGAAAACAAACCUUGGAUAAUUUUUUUGAAGGUAUGACUAGAUAAUUAUGAUCCCACUAAUACCUCAGGCUAGCCCUUCCUCUCUGCAAUGAAUGUGGGUGCUAGGUGACUAAUACAGCCUAAUCCUCUGUCUCCCAAUGAUUACAAGCUGUUCGCGAGAUCUGAUUUAACAUACUGGUAUCUAAGUUGGAGGAAGAUAGAUAUUUUGUUAGAACUGUUUAAAAUGUUUCUCUGCAAAUUCAUACAGAUUUGUAUGAAUUGAAAUUCAUAUGUAAAUCACAAGCUUAUGUUAAGUUUCCACCAUAAAUUUCUAUAAUAUAAUAAUAAUAAUUUGUACACAAAAUUGAGUAUCAAAUGAAGGAGACCUUUUAGCCAUGGAACUUAGCUAAAUAAUUAUCACCUAUUUGCUUAAUUAGCAGGUAUUCUUGUUUCUCAUCCAUAUACAUUUAUAAUUGUCAAGCUCAUUACAGAAUGAAUAGUCUCAGUCAAAAUGGAUGAGACCAUGAAAAUUUAUCUGGGUGUUAUUAAUUUCAAAUUGAUGAUUUUCAAAGCAUCAUAUGACCCUUUGUGAGUAGUCCUAUUUACUUUUAUACGCUUGGUUGCCAAGCCUUUGAACGGGAGUGAGGCUAAGGCUGGUCUUGUUAGGAUGCAAACAUUGCCGUUUUUCAGAUGUAAAUUACUUUGUUAUCGUGCUAACUAGAUACUGGUCUCUAUCACGACUGAAGGUCACCUUCAGUCUCACUCCAAAUCAAAGGCCUGGCAACUAAGUACACAACUAUAAAAUGGUCUAUUGCUGUCAAAUCCUUAUAAAGAUAUCUGUGUCCUUUUCAUCUUUUUUAUUUGUCGUGCUAUUUCGAAAUGCUUUAUCAGCUUCCAAAAUCUGAGAAGUUUUAUAAAUUCUCCUCACAGUUUCAAGGCAUGUUAAAACAGCAAACGGGUCAUCAGAAUGGAUAUAAUUUUUAAUCACCCUGAGCAACUUACCUUAUUCAUAACACAUCAAAAUUUUCUUAGCUUAUAUUUCAAUAAAUGUUCUGUGAUCCAUUUUUUUGGCUACAAGCCUUUCUCUUUCUUUUGGGUAACCAACUCCUUUGUAAAUCAGCUGGCUUGUUUUUUUUCGUUUUUUCGGCUUAGGAAGCUCGACUACUUUAUCCAUCACCAUCUGGUAAUAAAAAUUAUGGCUGGAAUAUUAAUUACUUCAUUGAGUUAAUCUCCUUGAGAGGUGUCAAUUUAAGAUCAUGGGUAGCCUGAAAAUCUUUAGCCUUUUUCCAAUUCUGACUGAAAAAAGCAAUUUAUUUUAUUUUUUUUUUUACUUGAUCAAAAACCCGCAAUUUCCAGGCCUGCCGAAGUGUAACUUCGACGUUGUUUCGCUCUUCACUAAAAUCCCAGUUGAUCUUGCCGUUAAGGUUGCGGAGGAGAUACUUAGAGAAGAUGCUUCCCUAGGACAAAGAACUUCUUUGCCUGUGGGGGAUAUUAUUCAUCUGCUCUCUUUUUGCCUCAAAACCUCGCAAUUUACAUAUAACGACACCUACUAUCAACAAGUUUUUGGUACAGCGAUAGGUUCGCCUGUCUCUGCUGUCAUUGCUAACAUGGUAAUGGAAGACGUGAAACAAAGGGCCUUAACCACUUCACCGGUUAAACCCUUUUUCUGGAAACGAUAUGUCGAUGAUGUUAUUUCUGCGGUAUCCGGAAAUGAAGCGGAGCACCUCCUGUGGCAUUUGAAUUCAGCAGAGCCGUCGAUCCAAUUCACCCUUGAGCGUGAAAAGGAUAGACAUUUUCCCUUUCUUGAUUUAAAUGUGUCCAGAGGGGUUCAGGGUAAUUUAGAGACAAGUGUCUACCGUAAACCUACCCACACCGACUAAUAUUAAUCGGCGUUACCACCAGCGCCUUUGUUUGGAGGCUUGGUAUAUUAACGCCGCCCACGCUCCUUUAAAUCGUGACGAUGGCGGUUUGCUUCCUGACGCCUAUUUACUCCUCGUCAGAAAAAAGGCCGCUAAUUAGUGAUCAUAUGAAAGGAUCUCUUGUUGCAGCGUUUAGAUCACCCCUGAUGAAGGCAUUAGACAGAGUGUCGAAACGUUGGGUCUGUGAAUUGUAACUUCUUCGGUUACAUUCAUUAAAUCUGUAAACCAGAGUAGCAUCAAACCAUGUCUGAUUGUCCACCUGGUUGCCGUGUGAACUUCAAUAUAUUUUAAUUAGACAUACUUGUACGCAUUGCGUACCUACGUUAAUAGAGGGUGGAACGUUAUAUCGACAACAUAAUUAUCACGUGACUUUCCAGUCGAUUUCCUAGAACUUCUAAGCUGUUAUGAUUUACAUUCAUUCGUCGAACUGACUUGUGCGAUUAUUUCACUCUUUUUCGUGUGAGGAAGGAUAUCUACCAAAGAUGGCUACAGCUUCAACGUUGGCCGAAAAUUUAGAGAAGGAGUUGGAAUGCGCUGUGUGCCUGGAGCAGUUCAAAGAUCCCAAAGUUCUUCCAUGCCUUCAUUCCUUCUGCAAAAUAUGUCUGGAGGGGCUGGUCUGUAGAAAAGGAAAAGCUUGGAAGUUGAACUGCCCUUCUUGUCGGAUUAUUGUAGAGGUAAGCUUGUGAAUGUGGUGUACUGUUCUUAACAGUCGUGAUGUGAAAUCGUUGAGUGUUCGGCCACACCUCUACAGGGUCUUUGUAGAACUGUACGCACAUGUGCGCAUUGGAGUAAUGAAAGGGUGGAUUUGAAUUUACGCUGCACGAGUAUUCUUUGAAGAUUGAAGGAUAUGUGAAACAACAAUAAAGUUAUAGCACGAUGUAGCAACGUUCCGUAAUCUUUGUGCAGAAAAAGUGAUUUUUCAGAGGAUACUCGAAUUCGCUUUCUAGCCGCCAUCGCGUUACAGAGAUGGCUUUACGCCGAUUUCGCUACUCGUCGAUUUCGCCAUAUGUUCGCUACUAACAUGCCAAAUUCGUUGCCACUGCUAAUUCACAGUUUUAAUUUCUCUUUUAACCAUAAACCACAAGCAGUAUCUGUAAUUUAUACUGCUAACUGCGUGAUUGCCGUUUUGAGAAGUUAGUUAAACUGAUCAUAUGCAAAUUGCCUUCUAGUUUGCUUUUAACCGCCUCGUUGAUUUUUGAGUUAUUUUUAAAGAAAAAAAAAAUUGUCCUUCUUGUCGCAUCAGCGUAGAGGUUGGUUUGUGAAAAUAAAUUAUUGUUGAUUGUGGUGAUGUGGGACUAAACUAGUGUAACAACGUUGAGGAACUAAUGACGCCUCUAUUAGUGUGCUUGGAAAGAACUGAAUGCAUAAUGUAGGAUGGGCUGUGCGGAAAUUUUAUCAUCGGAUGUCUUUUUCUUUUACCUCUUAAAUGCUACCACCACUUUUUAAUGGAGAAAAAGUGAAGUUUAAGCUCCGCUAUUUCACUUUUAAUUAUUAACAUAAUUAAGUAAUUUUUGUCCACUUCCUGCUUUAGUUAUUUAAAUUUGUUUUUUUAGUUAAAAAUGUGCAAUCUGAUUGUUAGAUAUGAGCUUGGAAACGACAAAAUAAGGAGGAGAAAAGUGAAUUGAUUCAAAUUUUCCAAAUAGUAUCUCUUUUUUUGUUACACAGAUUUCAGAUGGUGAAGUUGAUUCUCUGCCAAUUAAUUUCUUCUUGAACAAUUUAUUAUCUAUGGUUUCCCUUCAUGGAGAUUCAGGGAGUAGUAAAUUGGAGUGUGAUAACUGUGAGAGUGGCGAUCCGCCUGUGUACAGAUGCAAUACAUGCUGCCAUUUCCUCUGUGAAUUUUGCACACAAGCUCAUCGGAGAGGGCGUGGCACAAGCUCACAUGGUGUGGUGUCGAUUGAAGAAGCUAAAAAGAUGGGACCUGUGGCUGUAACCAAACCCAGUCUUUGUAAUGAACAUGAUGGAGAGUUGUUAAAGCUGUUUUGUGAGACAUGUGGGGAGGCUAUCUGUAGAGACUGUACCAUUGUGAAGCAUCGAGAGCACCAGUAUACUUUUGUAAAAGAUGCUUUUGCAAAGAAUAAGAAAAUCAUGGUGGAGAUUCUUUCAAAGACAAAGGGACAAGCAGGGUUGCUGAAGAAAGCAAUAGAUGGUGUCUCAGAGAUGAGAAGAAGUGUUGAUUUAAAUGCAGAUCAAACUGUUCAAGAAGUGCUUAACUGUUUUCAGAAAUUAUCAGCUCAUCUGAAUGCUCGCUGUGAGGAAUUGAUUCAUGAUGUUGAAGAAAUAAAAAAAGUGAAACAGAAGUCUUUGGAAAUUCAACAAGAAGAACUGGAAGCAGCCUUAGGAAGUGUGCAAAGUAGUGUAGAAUUCACAGAGAAGGCUUUGGAAAAUGGAAAUGAAGUUGAGAUUUUGAACAUGCGCAAGCAAAUGUCAAGCCGAUUAGAAGAACUAAAUUCAUUAAAGUGGCAGCUGGAACCACGGGUGCAUGAUAUAUUUAAGUUUCUUGCUGAGGAUCAAUUGCUGGAGAAGAUCACUAACUUUGGUCAUGUUGCUAGUCAUAUAAGGGCAUAUGCCAGUAUGUCAACUGUAACUUUGGGACAUGGGAUAGAGGGUUUGAUGUACAAUACAAUCAGUGGGCAGCCUGUUGAAUUCAUAGUAACUGCUAAAGGGUGGGAUGGAAGGAAACGAGAAGAAGGUACUGAUGCUUGUGAAGUAGAAAUUCGCUCCCAAUCUGGUGAAACUGCAUUUAGUGACUAUGUUAAAGAUAGUGGCGAUGGAACAUACGGCUUUUGUUUUACUCCAAACGAAUUACAAUCAAAUGAGUACCAAAUGUCAGUGAAACUGAAUGCUUCUCAUGUGAAAGAUAGUCCUUGUAGAUGGAUUACUGAAAAUUGGAAACUUUGCACAGCAUAUGGCGAUUACUCAAAUCAAUAUAAUUCCAUUACCCUGGACAGUGACUCACUGAGGGCAACUUAUGGGACAUAUAACCCUUAUGAGAACCAAGCUUUUUUCUAUGUCCAAACUCCUUUUGAUGUCGAAGAUUUUCACUAUGCCAAAUCUCCUUUUGAGGACCAAUAUAUGCCCUAUAACCAACCUUUUGUUUCAGUACCUCUAACAGUCUUUGGGACAUCUCAAUUUCAGUUUGGUAGGCAUUCAUGGAAAGUACAAAUAUGUGGUAGUAACUUUGACAAUUUUUGUUUUGGCGUUGGUGUUAGUCCUGCUGCACAGGUACCUUGUAAUGACCAGUGGACAUGGAUAUUAGGAAACAAACAGCAGCGUUGUUGGUCUCAGGAAAGCAAAGUGACAGUUUGUAGUAGUGGAGACAUAAUUGAAUUUUACCUGGACUGUGAUAAUGGAACACUUAGAAUGUAUAAUCAGGGUACCAACGAGUUUGACACUUGGAAAGGUGUCAAUGGCAUAGUGCGUCCCAUGUUUCAAAUGGGUAGUUGUAAUCAACAGGUGUCCUUAGUUCUUUAGGAAAACAAGAAAAUCUAUGUUCUCUGUCAGUGGUAUGAAACAUCUCGUGUUUGAAAUGGAUAUUGGUAAUCAACAAGUUCCUCAAUUCUUUGAGAAAACAAGAAUGAGUUAAGGAGAAAAAUGAUGUCCUCCUUCUUACUUGUUAAUCUACACUUUUAAAUGAUGCAAAAAUGUUGAAUUUAUGCUUUAAAUUUUUAAAUUGUGAAAGCCAACAUCUUUCUCUAUUUCUUUACCAAGCUCAAAACUUACCAUCUCUCUUUUCUAAUAACUUGCAUAAUGUACAUUAGCCAAAAAUACUAUCAAAGUUGAGAGAGAAAUGGUUAAAAACAUGGACGCACUGUAUACUUUCUCCACAUUGACAACCUGGCCCUGGUCAUUCACAGCACAAUUAACAUAAACCAGGGUUAGUGUAAAUUUUUAAUUCAUUUUAAUGGCCUUGCAAAGGGAUCAUUUUUUUGCUGUUAGUUUUAAGUCAUGUUGAGAUAAAACCCAAUAAACUCUUAAACAUGCUCUUCUCUCCUAGAAAUUAGAGCCAAGGUUAACUUUUAAUCCUAGAUUAGCUUUAACCACUUUUCAAACAACUAACUCCUUCCCUGGUUAAAAUUUGAUCCAUGACAAAUCCAAUUCUUGUUACAACACAAAAGUAAUUGAUUAUGCUACUGUACUCCUCCAUGAAAUAAAAGAGGAAACAAUUUUUUAUUUCCUUGUUUUUUGGUAAAAAAAAUUAUAAAUAUUAAAUUUAGAUGGAUUUUAGUUUUAAGGGUGUUGUAUAACUGGUACUCUAAGCUGAAAUGCUUUUAAAGUCACUUUUUUGAGUAGCAACCAAAAAUAAUAAAGUGGUCACCAGAGAUAAAAUGUUGGUUGCCAGAAAAUGAAGUAAAGAAGGCACUUUGAACAUUUAAUGAUGCACUGAACCAAUAACAGCAAAGCAUGUGUUUAGAAAGAGCAGUGUGGCUGACAUUUGGUUUUCUUGGAUAACCAAAAGAGGCAAAUGUUUAUAGAAGAUGAUGACAUAACUUAUGUAAUAUUUCAAAAAUUUGUAAAAACAUAACAACUUGCUAUACAAUUAUGACAUCUGAUGAUUUUCUGCAAAUAUCUCAGAUGAAAGGUGAAAAAAUUCGGAAGACAAUUCAGAAAUAGAGGUUGAAUUCAUACUGGUGCAGGAUAUUGAGUUAUGCAAUUAUAAGGUUUGGUAGUGUGAUGUCUUAGUUGCUAUGCAUUUUUAGGGAAGAGUUAUUGCUUAUAUUUAGAAAUGAGUGUAAUGUAAAAUAAACAAAAACAAAGAGCA